AGAAGUCACAUGCUGGAGCGGCCUUUUUUAAGUCCGGCGCUGCGGUAGGAGCCGUCGGAUUUGAUCGGCCGCAGCGACGAUGCGCGCCUGGGUGCUAGUAGCGGCGGCUGCUGCCGCGGCUUUGCUGACUGUCGCCGUCGUACGGGCCAGGGACCCGUAUGCUGAAGAAUGUAAAAUACAUGAAUAUCCGCCAACUGGACCAACGUAUAAAGGAACAGUUUCUAAUUAUAUCAUAAACCUUGACCUGCCACCAAGUCAGAGAUGGGUCCAGGUGGUACAUGCCAAAAAAACUGAGUUACUGAUUGUAAUGAAGACUAUUAAAGAUAUAUUUUAUACAUUCGUCCAUAGUAGAAAAUUGAUAGCAUCUAUGGAAUCAAAAUUAGCUUGGUUAGGCUCUACCCUUCCAUAUCCUUUCAAUGAAGAAAUAAAAGGCAUUGCUUCUGCUGUUGAAGCUCCUUUAGGUGAUGUUGUUGCAUUCAACAUCUUCUAUGAGAUCUUCACGGUGUGCACAUCCAUAGUAACUGAAGACACAUCAGGAAAGCUAUACCAUGCCAGAAAUCUUGAUUUUGGACUGUUUCUUGGGUGGGAUAUACAAAAUAGUUCCUGGAUUACAACGGGGAAGCUGAAGCCCUUAAUGGUGUCACUGGAUUUUCAGAAAAAUAAUAAAACAGUGUUUAAGUCUUCGAAUUUUGCUGGCUAUGUGGGAAUGAUAUCUGGAGUUAAACAAGGUAUUUUCACUUUAACCAUGAAUGAGCGAUUCAGUAUUGAUGGAGGUUACAUUGGAGUCUUUGAGUGGCUUCUUGGCCAGAGGGAUGGUUGGUGGAUGAGUUUCCUCACCAGAACUGUGUUGGAAAACAGCACAAGUUAUGAAGAUGCAAAGGACAAAUUGGCCAACACAAAACUGCUGGCUCCAGCUUACUUCAUAUUAGGUGGAAACAAAUCUAACGAGGGUUGCAUUAUUACACGUUCUCGAACUGCUGCUUUAAACAUUAAGAAUUUGGAUACAAAGAACGGCAUCUGGUAUGUUGUAGAAACCAACUAUGAUCCCUGGAAGCCUCCGCUUGUUAUAGAUGACCGCAGACACCCUGCAAUGAAUUGCUUGAAUCAUACAAAGCAGGAGAAAAUCUCAUUAGGAACUUUGUACAACGUUCUCUCCACAAAGCCUGUCCUCAACAAGUUGACCGUCUCAACCACACUGUUAGAAGUUUCUGAAGGCCAUAUAGAGACUUACCUGAGGGACUGUCCAGACCCCUGUAGCCCUUGGUGAGGGCCACACAGCCUGUGGAAUUCAACUGAUAGAAGAUGAUUCCUUGCUGGGUGAACAGUGGCACACAAUCGCCACCGCCAAGAGCCUCUUUGCCCACAGUGUGUCUCUUGAGAAACCUGGAUCUAAGGUGUUCGUAGUUCAAUCAGCAAAUUAACCCACUCUGCUUUCUAAAUGUCUGCUUUUCAUUGUGUGAAACUUAAACAGGGCGUUUGGAGCUUCUGCUUCUUCCUAUUUAUCAUCAGUUGAUCCUUGGUUAGACAGAGUUUUACUGUAGAAUUUCUUAAGACAAGUGUCUUAUUGCACAAUUUGUCCUAUGCAUCUUUAGUCAGAAGUAAGUCCCGUUGUAUUUGGUAUGCAAGGUGGGUUUUAGGUACAGUGGGGCAAAAAAGUAUUUAGUCAGCCACCAAUUGUGCAAGUUCUCCCACUUAAAAAGAUGAGAGAG